AUGAUAUAUAGGAUUGGUCGUCGGGCGUUUUCAUCGUCUGCGUGCAGUGCAUACAAGGUUACAGUUUUAGGCGCUGGUGGUGGUAUUGGGCAGCCUUUGUCGUUAUUGUUGAAGCUUAACAAUAGGGUUAAAGAUUUGAGGUUGUAUGACUUAAGGGGAGCUAAGGGCGUUGCGGCUGAUUUGUCACAUAUUCCUACUAAUUCCAAGGUUAGUGGGUAUUCACCAGAGGAUGCGGAUGGGUUGAGGAACGCUUUGGAUAAUGCUGAUGUUGUUUUGAUUCCUGCCGGGGUUCCAAGAAAACCGGGUAUGACUAGGGAUGAUUUGUUUGCAAUCAAUGCGGGAAUUGUGCGUGAUUUGGCGAGUGCAAUUGGAGAUUAUUCUCCUAAGGCGUCGGUUCUAGUCAUAUCUAAUCCUGUAAACUCCACCGUUCCUAUUGUAGCGGAGGUGUUGAAAUCCAAGAAUGUCUACAAUCCCAAAAAGUUGUUUGGGGUCACAACCUUGGAUGUUAUUAGAGCUUCGAGGUUCAUCUCUGAGUUGCAGGGCACGGACCCAACUCAGGAGUAUGUUCCUGUUAUUGGUGGCCACUCCGGUAUCACGAUUAUUCCGUUGAUCUCGCAAACUCAGCAUAAAAUUCCUAAAGAGAACCAGGAUGCUUUGAUCCACAGAAUCCAGUUCGGAGGUGAUGAGGUUGUUCAGGCUAAGAAUGGCGCAGGUUCCGCUACGUUGUCCAUGGCACAAGCUGGUGCUAAAUUCGCUAAUUCCGUGCUUGCGGGUCUCAAUGGCGAGAAGGAUGUUGUAGAGCCAGCCUUUGUCGAAUCUCCUUUGUUUAAGAGGGAAGGCAUCGAGUUCUUCUCGUCUCCUGUUACGUUAGGUCCAAAUGGUAUUGAAACGAUCCACUCGAUUGGCCAAAUCUCCUCUGAAGAGGAGCAGAUGUUAGAUAAAUGUAAGGAAACUCUAAAGAAAAACAUCGAGAAGGGCGUUCAAUUUGUUAACACUAAAUGA